UUGAAGCAUCACUCUCUCAUUCAAAAUCACACUGCUUUUCUUGCUCAAUAAUUCUUCUUUGAAUUUUUGGGCGAAUCGUGAUGGAGAACAACACCAAUGACAAGGCUGAUUCCGGCAACCAGGAAAACCCCAACGAUCACUGCAAUCCUAGCAUCGACAAUGCCAACCCUAUCUCCGGCGACGUCGCCGGAAAUCGACCCCAGAGAACCCCCUUCACCGACCUCAGUCAAGUCGACGCGGAUCGAGCACUUGCUCGCACUCUCCAGGAACAGGAAAGAGCUUAUAUGAUGUUGAGAAUGGGAGGCGGUGGUGGGAGUGAUUCUGAUAGUUGGGAAACGGAGAGUUACGAUGAUUUUGACGAGGAGGAUUAUGAUGAGUCGGAUGUUGAGGUGGGCGAUGGUGAAGUGCGUGUAUUUGAUGAGGAUGCUAGUGCUGAAGGAGAAGACGAUGAUGAGGAUGGCCAAGAUGUUGAACUGGAUCCGUCUGCAUUUCCUGAUGACGAAGCGUAUGCGAGAGCAUUGCAAGAUGCUGAAGAACGCGAGAUGGCAGCUAGAUUGUUGGGCCUGGCUGGGAUAAAUGAAAGUGAAGAUUCCGAUGAAGAGGAUCAUGAUGGAAAUUCUCAGGAUGCAUGGGACGAAGUUGACCCUGAUGAACUAUCAUAUGAGGAGCUGCUUGCCCUCGGUGAAGUAGUUGGAACAGAAAGCAGGGGCCUUCCUGCAGAGACAAUCGCUUCCUUGCCAUCAAUUAACUACAAAUCACAAGGCAGCCAGGAAGGAAUCAGUGAUUCCUGUGUUAUAUGUCGGCUGGACUUUGAAGAUGACGACACCUUGAUACUCCUUUCUUGUAAACAUUCCUACCAUUCAGAAUGCAUCAACAGUUGGUUAAAGAUAAACAAGGUCUGUCCUGUAUGCAGUGCCGAAGUCCCAACUUCUCAGAUGAGCUAGCAGACUCGAUGAUGAUGGAGUUUUGGGAGAGCACUAAACUCCAGGAUGGUGAAGAGUGGGGGCAUUCUGCAAAAAGAUGGAAGCAAAUAAAAGAUAGCUUUUCCAUCGUUUGCUAUAUUACUAAAUCUAAGAGCAAAUCCAGCUAUAUUAUUGUUCUUUCAUUUUCUUGUGCAUGAUUUUAUAUUUAUAUUCUCUUUUUGGGGCCUAGUUUCUUUCCCUAAUCCAAAAUGUAUUUCGAAUUCUCUGUUUUGCUAUUUAAUUCUCCCUCCAUUCAUGAACAA